GGUCAGGCGGGCGGGCCCUUCCUUUUUCCGCUCUCCUCUCCCUGGCGGCGCACAAGGUGCUCGGUCCUUCAGCCGAAGCUAAGGCCGACUUCCCCACCCUCGGCGACUGGCACCGCGCACCGACCCCGACCCGACCGCACCCGCCAUGGCCUCCGUCUCCGAGCUCGCCUGCAUCUACUCCGCCCUCAUCCUGCACGACGACGAGGUCACCGUCACGGAGGACAAAAUCAAUGCUCUUAUCAAAGCAGCUGGAGUCAAUGUCGAACCCUUCUGGCCUGGUCUGUUUGCAAAGGCCUUAGCCAACAUUGACAUUGGAAGUCUCAUCUGUAACGUAGGCGUUGGUGGUGGGGCUCCGGCGGCUUCAGCCCCUGCUGGUGGCGGGGCGCCUGCUGGUGGCGCUGCUCCUGCUGAGGAGAAGAAGGAAGAAGAAAAGAAGGAAGAAUCUGAAGAAUCUGAUGAUGAUAUGGGCUUUGGGCUUUUUGACUAAGCCCAGCGUUGUGUAUUCUUUAUAAUAAAGAUACAUAUAAAUGAAAAAA